AGAGUGGAAUAGAAAAAGCUCUCUUCCUCUCCCACCGUCUCCCGUCUUUCCUCCUCCCUCUCUCUCGAUCUCCGAGCUCUCGCCCUUUUCGUUUCUUACUCUGGUUAAUUUCUGCUGCUCUCGUACCGCAACUGAAGGUUGAAGGAAGCUUGAGGCUCCUCUGAGUUUGAGUAAAGGUACAUCUGCUGUGUUGAUAUACAAGGAAGUCUUGGAAAAUGGUUGACUUGAAACUGUGGAUGAUGUCAAUUUUUGCUUUUAGCUUGGUCAUGGUUGUUGCGAUACCAUUUCCUUCAGGAUACACAUGUGAAGAAGAUGUCUAUGCUAUUAGUAGCUUGCAUGCGGCAUUUGGGUAUCCCCUUCUUCCUGGAUGGACCCUUUUCGGAGGGGAUCCUUGCCUUCAAGGAUGGCAAGGCGUCCAAUGUGUUGGGCCAAAUAUAACUGCAAUAGUUAUCAAUGAUGCAAAUCUUGGAGGAGAAUUAGGUGAUAUGCUUGGAAAUUUUACUUCUAUUAUUACAUUAGAUUUUAGCAAUAACCAUAUUGGUGGAAGCAUUCCAACAAAUUUGCCAGUUACUCUAAGGCAAUUUUUUCUGUCAUCCAACCAACUCACGGGAAGGAUUCCAAGUUCUUUGGCAGAUUUAACUCUCCUUUCUGACAUGUCACUCAAUGAAAACUUCUUAAAUGGAGAACUGCCUGAUGCUUUCCAGUCCCUUACUGGUCUAGUGAAUUUGGAUGUUUCUUCUAACAAUUUGAGUGGUCCUUUGCCACCCUCAAUCACCAGCUUAUCAUCGCUGACUACCUUACAUAUACAGGAUAAUCAUAUAUCUGGAACCCUUGAUGUUUUGCAAGAUCUACCCCUGAUGGAUUUGGACAUUGAGAAUAAUCUGUUUUCUGGACCUGUUCCAGAGAAGCUCUGGUAUAUUCCAAAUUUCAAAUCGAACGGAAAUCCGUUUAAUACAACAGUUGCUCCAGAACCAGCACCAGUUCAGGCAUUUCCUUCCUUAGUUGCACCUGUUCCUUCCCCUUAUUCUGAUGCACCCGUUCGCCAUGGUGCACCUACUCACCAUGGUGGAACAAGCUCGACUGUUAGAAAAAAUUCAACCAUGAGGGUCAUUGCUUAUGUUGUUGCUGUGGUACUAGUUAUAAUUGCAGUUCUCCUUGCUCUGUUUUGUACAUUGAAGUUGCAAGAACGACACCUCAAGCGCGAGCUCAUUCCCAAUUGUCAUAAAAAAAUGGCACCUAAAAUGACCAAGCACCCUUCAAGCACUACUGAUUUGGCUGCAUCAAAUUACAAGAAAGAAGAUUUUUAUGGGAACACUCUCCGGAAACAAAAGGAACAUGAAGCUCAUAUGAUUGAAACUUCUGCAGGGCUGAGGCCCAUUAUGGCUGAAAAAGUAGCUGCAAAACCCAUUGCCCCCUUGUACAAAGAAAAAGAUUAUAUUUCUUUUGACAAAGCAAUGUCUCUAAAAAGAAAUUGUACUCUCCCAGCUUCUGUGACAUCCUUUUCUGUUGCUUCGCUUCAGCAGUAUACCAAUUAUUUUGGAGAAGAAAAUCUGAUCAGAAGCUCUUAUUUGGGCAAGGUAUAUGUGGCAGAGCUGUCUGAGGGCAAGCUAUUAACAGUCCUGAAGCUCAAUAAUCUGACUUCAAACAUCAAUACUGAUGACUUUCAUGAGUUAGUGUUGCGCAUCUCAGAACUUCAACAUCAGAACAUCAUUAAGCUUGAGGGCUAUUGUUCUGAAUUUGGACAGAGGCUGCUUAUCUUUAAAUACUUCAGCAGAACUACACUUAAUGACUUGCUUUAUGAUUUUAGUAAGAAGAGAUUAUCAUGGAAUGCUCGAAUUCAAAUUGCGCUUGCUGCUGCCAGAGCCAUAGAGUACCUACAUGAGUCCUGCAAGCCUCCCGUCAUACUCAGAAACCUAGAAGCCUCCAGUAUUCUACUUGAUGAUGAGCUUGCAGUAUGCAUUUCUGAAUGUGGCCUGGCUUCAGAUGUAUUAUCCAACUCUUUAACCCAGUUUUCAGGUGAUUCAAGAACACCUUUUGGUUAUGAGGCCCCAGAAAUUAGUGAGUCAGGGUCUUAUACAGAUCGAAGUGAUGUUUACAGUUUUGGCGUUGUUAUGUUAGAGCUUCUUACCGGACGCCAACCAUAUGAACGUUCACAGUCUCGUGCAGAGCAGUACUUAGUCAGAUGGGCCAGUCCACAGCUUUAUGACAUCAAUGCAUUAUCAAGAAUUGUGGAUCCUUCUAUUGAUGGUGUGGUUUCUCUAAAGUCAUUAUCUCGCUUUGCAGAUAUCAUCAGUCGUUGUAUUCAGCAAGCUCCAGAAUUCAGGCCAUCAAUGUCUCAGAUUGUGCAAGAUUUAAGCCUGGUGUUAAAAGAUGCAACGAUGUGAAUCCUUAAUGCAUUUUCAUAGUGGAAAUACUAAUUGAAGGAGACUUUGAAAUUUGCAAAACAAACCUUAGCCUUCUAAUUAUUUGCAAAUAAAACCCUCUUUUUUGUGUUUUUGGAUAGCCAGCCCGCCCUUAUCAGCAAAAUAUGUAUAAUAAUCACCAUCUGCCAACUCCAGUAUUACUCUCCUGUCACAUGGCGUUUCUGUAGCUUUGUUAAAAGCCAGUUUGGAUAAACAGAUUGUUUUGAAUUUUGUAAUAUUUGAUUUAUUUUAUACAUUAUAG